UUUAUUUGCAGAUGGAGAGGAGCAUGCUUGGUUUGGUUUUUGUUUUUGUUCUUUUCCCUCCCCUUUACAUCUCGAUGCUGACGGUGGUGACAUGGGGGGGGGGAGGAUGCUGUGGCUUGAGUAUUAAGUACUUCUUACAGCCUGGACCCUUUUGGUCUUUUUGAAUGAACGUAAAGCCUAGGAGAAGCGCUUGGGACCGGUGCAUGAUUUCCUGGAUUGCUAUGUGAUGCUUUUCUGACUAGGGCAGCGAGGUCUUGUGCAUGCUGGUUCUGUGUUCUAGCUGGCUUACAGAUUGUUAUAAACUCAAGCCGGAAGGACACUUGGGAAAAGCAGGAUCUGCCUAUUGUAUAUCCAUCCAGGCUCUCCCCUAACACCCUGUCAAAUAGCUAGGCUUUUUCUUUUCUCUCUCCCCUUUGGAAGUGUUGAAGGGGUGAGAUGCCUGGCAAACAGGGACCAUCCCUGAGUCCUCAGAAUUAAUAAUCCGAAGGGUUAAGGCUUCCUGGAAGGACAGGAGUGCGGGAGUGCAUAUGCAACUUUUAAUUGCUUCUUCCUCCCUCCCCAGUGCGUGUAGGUUUAGAAGCCCAGAUUUCUUGCUCAGGGAAGGAGUUAUGUGGGAGUCUUCUUUUUGGGCAAGGGGGAGAGAUGGACUUGGUCGUGUUUGCAGGUGCUGGAUCUUCUUUCCGGUGCCUGAAGUGUAGCAGUUUGUGGAUCCCCCCUGGCAAGUGCGGUGGCUUGGCUGAAGAGGAAAUAAAAACAGAGCAGGAGGUGGUGGAGGGAAUGGAUAUCUCUACUCGCUCCAAAGAACCUAAGGAAGAUCCUGUCUCAACAGAGAAAACGGCCCCGAAACGGAAGUUCCCCAGCCCUCCACAUUCCUCCAAUGGCCAUUCGCCCCAAGACUCAUCCACGAGCCCCAUUAAAAAGAAAAAGAAACCCGGCUUACUGAACAGUAGCAAUAAGGAGCAGGACGGACGGAAUGACUUCUAUUGCUGGGUUUGUCACCGGGAAGGACAAGUCCUUUGCUGUGAGCUCUGUCCCCGGGUUUAUCACGCUAAGUGUCUGAGACUGACAUCGGAGCCAGAGGGGGACUGGUUUUGUCCUGAAUGUGAGAAGAUUACAGUAGCAGAAUGCAUCGAGACGCAGAGCAAAGCCAUGACCAUGCUGACCAUUGAACAGCUGUCCUACCUGCUCAAGUUUGCCAUUCAGAAAAUGAAGCAGCCAGGGACGGAUGCAUUCCAGAAGCCCGUUCCAUUGGAGCAACACCCCGACUAUGCAGAAUAUAUUUUCCACCCCAUGGACCUUUGUACAUUGGAAAAGAAUGCAAAAAAGAAGAUGUACGGCUGCACGGAAGCCUUCCUGGCCGAUGCCAAGUGGAUCCUGCACAACUGCAUUAUUUAUAAUGGUGGAAACCACAAGUUGACGCAAAUAGCAAAAGUCGUCAUCAAAAUCUGUGAGCACGAGAUGAAUGAAAUCGAAGUCUGCCCAGAAUGUUAUCUUGCAGCUUGCCAAAAACGAGACAACUGGUUCUGUGAGCCCUGUAGCAAUCCGCACCCUCUGGUCUGGGCAAAACUGAAAGGGUUUCCAUUCUGGCCAGCGAAAGCUCUGAGGGACAAAGAUGGGCAGGUUGAUGCCCGAUUCUUUGGACAACAUGACAGAGCCUGGGUUCCAGUCAAUAAUUGCUACCUCAUGUCUAAAGAAAUCCCCUUUUCUGUGAAAAAGACUAAAAGUAUCUUCAACAGCGCCAUGCAAGAGAUGGAAGUUUACGUGGAGAACAUACGGAGGAAGUUUGGGGUUUUUAAUUACUCCCCGUUCAGGACACCCUACACGCCCAAUAACCAGUACCAAAUGCUGCUCGAUCCCAGCAACCCCAGCGCCGGCACGGCCAAGACAGACAAACAGGAGAAGGUGAAGCUCAAUUUUGACAUGACAGCGUCCCCCAAGAUCCUCCUGAGCAAGCCCCUCCUGAGUGGGGGUGCCGGCCGCAGGAUCUCCCUGUCCGACAUGCCUCGCUCCCCCACCAGUACGAACUCUUCCGUGCACACGGGCUCCGAUGUGGAGCAGGACCCCGAGAAGAAGGCCCCGUCCAGCCACUUCAGCGCAAGCGAGGAGUCCAUGGACUGCCUUGAUAAGAGCACAGCUUCUCCAGCCUCCACCAAGACAGGGCAAGCCGGGAGCUUGUCUGGCAGCCCAAAGCCUUUCUCUCCGCAAACGCCGACACCCAUCAUGACGAAACCCGACAAGACUUCCACCUCCACCACCGGGAGCAUCCUGAACCUGAACUUGGAUCGAAGCAAGGCCGAGAUGGACCUGAAGGAGCUGAGCGAGUCGGUCCAACAGCAGUCAGCCCCCGUCCCUCUCAUCUCUCCCAAGCGGCAGAUUCGAAGCCGGUUCCAGCUCAACCUGGACAAGACCAUAGAGAGUUGCAAAGCACAGCUAGGCAUCAAUGAGAUCUCUGAGGAUGUUUACACAGCCGUGGAGCACAGCGAUUCCGAGGAUUCCGAAAAGUCAGAGAGCAGCGACAGCGAGUAUGUCAGCGACGAGGAACAGAAGCCCAAGAAUGAGCCCGAGGACCCCGAGGACAAAGAGGGGAGUCAGGUGGACAAAGAGGCCCCUGCCAUCAAAAGGAAGCCCAAGCCCACAAACCAGGUGGAGGUCAAAGAGGAAGUGAAGAGUAACUCCCCUGUCAGCGAGAAGGCCGACCCCACACCCGCCAAGGACAAGACCAGCCCGGAGCCUGAGAAGGACUUUGUAGAGAAAACAAAGCCAUCACCCCAUCCCACAAAGGACAAACUGAAGGGAAAGGAUGAAACGGAUUCUCCCACAGUGCACUUGGGCUUGGAUUCGGACUCCGAGAGUGAACUUGUCAUAGACUUAGGAGAGGAUCCUUCUGGGCGGGAGGGUCGAAAAAACAAGAAAGAGCCCAAGGUGCCGUCGCCUAAGCAAGACGCCGUAGGUAAACCGCCACCGUCAUCUACUUCGGUGGGCAACCAGUCUCCCCCAGAGACGCCAGUCCUCACCCGCUCAGCCACGCAAGCACCUGCGGCUGGGGUCACCGUGGCCGCCGCCGCCACCACCACCACCACCACCACCACCAGCGCGAUGUCUACCAUCACGGUCACGGCGCCGGCCACCGCCGUCACGGGAAGCCCGGUGAAGAAGCAGAGGCCGCUCUUACCGAAGGAGACUGUCCCAGCUGUGCAGCGGGUCGUGUGGAACGCAUCAACUGUUCAGCAGAAGGAGGUCACCCAGAGCCCAUCCACGUCCACCAUCACGCUGGUGACCAGCACACAGCCGGCAGCCCUGGUCAGCAGUUCGGGCUCGGCAAGCACCCUGGCGUCCGCGAUCAAUGCCGACCUUCCCAUUGCCACCGCCUCGGCCGACGUGGCCGCUGACAUUGCCAAGUACACCAGCAAAGUAAGUAGGUUGGUGCUGCGGCUGGGGUGGGCUUGUUGGGUCCAUCAUUGUGAACUUAGCGAACUCAGUCACCAGCUACAUGAGUUGACCAUGGCCGAGAUGCGACAGAGCCUGGAACAGGAGCGGGAUCGGCUCAUCGCCGAGGUGAAGAAGCAGCUGGAGCUGGAGAAGCAGCAGGCGGUAGACGAGACCAAGAAGAAGCAAUGGUGUGCCAACUGCAAGAAGGAGGCCAUUUUCUACUGCUGCUGGAACACCAGCUACUGUGACUAUCCCUGUCAGCAGGCUCACUGGCCCGAGCACAUGAAGUCCUGUACCCAGUCGGCGACCGCCCCUCAGCAGGAAGCAGAUGCCGAGGCAAGCACAGACACAGGAAAUAAGUCAUCGCAGGGCAACUCCUCCAACACACAGUCAGCACCUUCAGAACCGGCCAGCACCCCCAAAGAGAAAGAGGCGCCAGCGGAGAAGAGCAAGGACAGUAACUCGACCCUGGAUCUUUCCGGCUCCAGAGAGACGCCCUCCUCCAUGCUCUUAGGCUCCAACCAAGGCUCUGUUAGCAAGAGGUGUGACAAGCAGCCUGCCUAUACCCCAACCACUACAGACCACCAGCCGCACCCCAACUACCCAGCCCAGAAGUACCAUUCCCGGAGCAGCAAGGCAGGUUUGUGGAGCAGCAGCGAGGAGAAGCGAGCGUCAUCCCGCUCUGAGAACAGUGGAGGGACCAGCACGAAGAGCCUCAUGCCCAAAGAGUCCAGGGAAUCUCGGCUAGACGCCUUCUGGGACUAGGGGUGCAUCGUGAGCCAGAGCACCUCCCCGUAGGGGGGAAGAAACCACCCAAACCACAGGAAACAACAGAAACUGGAGAACCGCCACCUUUAGAAUUCCCAACACUCAGGCUCUGCCCGUGGGCUUGGCUGCUCGACAGGGACUUGACUCCAUCCCAGCUCUGGUCUUGGCUGGGACGGCUCUACCCUGUGAGCCAAACACUUUAGGUGUAAGUAGGUACACUUGUGAUGUCACUGACCUAGCGUACCUUUCCUUUUCAUAUCUAUACUGACCUUAACUUAUAAAAAAACAGAAAAGAAAAGCAAGUUAUAUAUAUAUAUAUAAAUCUACAAUUAAAAGAAUGUUUUGAUAAUCCAGGGGCUGGUUAGUUAGCCCGCUGGCCUCACCUGGGUGUCAGGGCUGGGCCCAGGGAUUGCUAUUCUCACGUAGGCCCUUGUCCUUGGAUACCCAGGGGAGGGAGCCACUGUCGCCGCGGCACACCAGGAUUGGGGGCUCUCAGGCUGUGCUGCCCUAGACCCGCCACACCAAGCCAUCCACCCCUCACAGACCCUACAAGACGAUGCUAGGAAACUCUUGCUUGCUGGGCUCGAAGGACACAGAGAGAAGUGUGUAUGUGUGUGUGUGGCAUGUUUCCAGCUAUGGCUCCUGAAGGGGCAAAGCAGCCUCCUGUCUAUGGAAGGUCCACGCGAGCAAUCCCCGUGGCGUUUCGAAAGCAGCCAGCGGCCAGCAGCCAGCGUUCAUGCAGGGGCAUCAUUGCGAAGCAGGGGCAUCAUCGCGAACGCAGCCAGAGGCCGGCGUUCAUGCAGGGGCGGGGCGUCGGGAAGGCAGCCAGCCGGCAUCUGUGCGUGCGGGGAGACCCUUUCUCUAGGCUGAAUUUUUUUCCCAUAAGCACCCACACGGAUUUGUGAAGACAUGCUUCUCAGAAGCAAGGACUCAAAAGGCAAAGGUGAACGGCGAGGCCACGCGAGCCCACGCCAGCCCGGGGAUGGAGCAUGUAUGUAUUAUUUAUCUGCUGGAGUUCUACGUUUUUAUGUAAGCAUGAAACACAGGCAGUGUGAGAGAAAGCCAGGACCCGACAUGCUGUCCGUUAACGCUACGUCUGCUGUAGUUCCAUUUUGUAUGUUGUGUAAAACGAGCAUCGAUCGAAGCAAAAAAGGUGAUGUGUGUAUAUCAGAAAAAAGAAAUUAACUGUAUAUCAUUCCAGUACAUUCCGUUGUACAUUUUAGUCUCGGUUUACCUUCUCUUCAUUGUUGAUAAGAGAAUGCCAAGCUGCGCGUUGUCCAGGCAGUUUACCCCUACUAGAGAAGAAAGGAAGAAAUGCUAGAAGAAAACUGGAGAGAGAGAAAAUUUGUGAAUUGCGGUCGUCAA